GCCUUACAUAGAUCAUUGUUAUCAACAGGAACAUAGCAAAUGGUGCAAAUGAGUUUUCUACUUGUGUAUCUAUCUUUUUGUGGAUUGUUAUUCAGAUUUGGGGAAUCGAUUAAACCCAGUUGCUCUCCGAGGGAGUCCGAACCAAAAACUGUGAAUGUAGAAGAAGACAAACCAGUUGGGUUCACCGUGUUCACUUAUACGGGUUUUGAUGCUGAUCAAGAUCCCAUUAGAUUUCUUAUACUUGAUAACACGGUGCCGUUCUCGAUUCCCAUAGCAGUAUCCGGGGAUGUUGCUGUGGCUUUACCUGCCUUAGACUUUGAGAGGAAAACUCAAUAUAUUUUGGACAAAAUAUACGUCACACAAUAUGGUUUAAAUCCACUCCAGUUUGGUAAUAAAUGUGGACCCCUGACCGUCAAUGUCCUCCCUGUCAACGAAUUUACGCCAGUUUUUGAUCCCUCAUAUCAAAAUUCCACACUUCCAGAAGGUCUACUACAAAAUUCAUUGCUUGCUAAACUGAAUUGUUCUGAUGAGGACAAAGAACCCAACGAAUCCCCUUUUGGAUGUUCAUCAAUAACUAUUCAGACUGGAGAUGACAUUAAACCGAAAUUUACGAUAGUCAACAACGCUGUCGUCACAACAAACAACGUCAUUGAUUUCGACACUGGUGACGUCAUUUACACACUUGUCAUAGUUGGUGUUGAUAGUUCAACACGUGAUCCACGUAAAACAGGAACGAUGACGAUAAAGGUCAACAUUGAACCUGUGAAUGAGUUUACACCUGUAAUUCAUGAUCAACCACUCAGCACAAAUAUAAGCAAUGCCACACCUCUUGGUACCGAGAUCUUUUCCAUCAAUGCCACGGACGGUGAUGCACCACCUCAUGGAAAUCUUUCUUACAUGAUAACAGAUGGAAAUGAAAAAGGUAUAUUCCGGAUUUGUGAGAAGACGGGAACAAUUCAUUUAGAUAGGUCGGUAGCAUCGGCCGCCGGGACGACCUUCACUCUGACUGUGAAGGUCACGGAUGGGGACUUCUGCUCGUCAGCUGUUCUCAAGAUACUGAUUACUUCAAGCUGUUAAAGUGGAAUAGUUAAGGCUGUAUGACACCGGUUCUAAAGAUAGUGAUUACUCCGAGUUGUUUAACUAAACAAGUUAUUAUACACAUAGAAAGCUUUAAUGUUAAAAUAUAUAUAUAUGUUUGCAUAUAAUGUUGUCAUACUCCUUUUUAAUUAAAAUAGCGGUAUUUUAUGCAUUUGUAUUCUUUUAAAUAGGUCGCUGUGUCUUUUUUGUAUUGAAAUAGCGAGCUUUAAACAUAUCGUUCAACGCAUUCUUAAUACUAGUAUAUGUACAUGUAUAUUACAUCGUUUUAACGGACAUUGCCAAAAAAAUUCAAUAUGUAGUUCUUUUUUUUAUAAUCAAACUUAUGCAUCUUUUAGUAUCCUCCCGACUGCUUGUACAAUACUGAAAUUACCUUAUACAUUGCAUAAACACAAUAAAAUGUCGUAUACAUAUGUCAAUUAGUUUUAGGAAACGAAAUAAACAUUAUUUGCUUUUAAAUUGA